AAAUUCUAUCUAGUUAAAACUUAAAACCCAUCUUCCAAACUGCAGAAGCUAAAAAGAAAUGGCCGCUCACUUUCUCUGCAAUCUUCCUCCAACCAUCAAAAUUCAUCAAUCAAGUUCUACAACUAAACGCAACCAUCCACAAAAAACAUGGCUAGCAGGUGCAAGAAUUAUCCUAAAAAACAGUACUCUCUCUCUUCAAUCCUCAUAUCUCAAACCCUACCAAUCCAAGCGCCGUACCAUCGCUGCGACCGUCUUGUCUAGCCUCCCCACAGCGACACCAUAUGGCAUUGGUUCAGCUCCCAAAUGGUCAUGUAGAGCAAUAAAGUCAUUUGCUAUGGCUGAGUUGGAAGCCAGGAAGCUCAAGUAUCCAAAUACUGGAACUGAAGCUCUUCUCAUGGGGAUCUUGAUUGAGGGUACUAGUGAGGCAGCAAAGUUUCUACGGGCCAAUGGAGUAACACUCUUCAAGGUGCGUGAAGAGACUGUUAAGUUACUUGGAAAGGGUGACAUGUACUUUUUCAGUCCGGAGCAUCCUCCUUUGACUGAAGCUGCUCAAAGGGCCAUUGAUAAGGCUAUUGAUCAAAAACUAAAAUCUGGUGAUAGCGGGGAAAUUACAACAUGUAAUUUGCUUCUUGGCAUUUGGUCAGAAGUGGAUUCAGCUGGUCACAAGAUAAUGGCUGCCCUUGGCUUCAAUGAUGACAAAGCCAAAGAACUGGAGUCCUUGAUUUCUAGACCUGGGUUUGUAGCUGACUGAUACCUGCCUUCACAUUCAAUUUGUCCAUUGGUGCAAUUCUUUUUGAUAAGAAGUGGAUCAGUGAUGCAAUUACGAGCUUUUGAUUGAGAUUACUCAUACUUUCAUGGUCACAACCUUGAAGCCUUUACCGGACUUAACAAUAGUUGGCAUUAGGCCUUUUGACAUUGCAUUCUCCUGUGCUAGUUGUUCUCCAUUAUCGUGCAUUUAGUUAAAAUGCCCAAGGCAUCAGUGCUUCAAAGGAAAGUGUUUUGUAAUACAUUUUAAGCGCAUCUUCUUCAAGUCAUUUCACUGGCAGCGUCUUUGCCAUGUUCAGUAUCAUCUAUAAUGUGGUAUGCUAGUCACUUGCUCAUUGGCAAUUCAAUGUCUAGGAUCAUUAAUGGCACAGCUAUAAUGGCCUUUACUGGAAGAA